AUGUCUGAUAAAGUUGAAGAAGUGACAGAAUCUUUGCAAAAGACCUAUUUGGACGAGGCCACCGGCGAACAGGUCUCCAAAUCGGAGCUCAAGAAGAGACAGAAGCUGCGUGCUCUGGAGGCCAAGAAGGCUGAAAAGGCCAAGAAGGCUGCCGAGACCGCGCCAAAGGUCACCAAGAAGAAGGACGACAUGGCCAACCUCAACCCAAACCAGUACUUUGAAAUCAGAUCGGCUCAGAUCAACGAGCUCAGACAGCCUCACAGCGAGAAAAACCCCUACCCUCACAAGUUCCACGUUUCCCUGAGACUCGACCAAUUCAGAGAGAAGUAUGCCCAUAUCAAGAAAGGCGAGACUUUGCCAGACGUCAAGGUCAGCGUUGCGGGCAGAAUCAUGGUCAAGAGAGAGUCUGGAUCGAAGCUCAAGUUCUACAACCUGGCCGGAGAGGGCACCAACGUCCAGAUCAUGGCCCAGGCCCAGGACGCCGACGGAGACUUCCAGGAGAUGCACGACAUCCUCAGAAGAGGAGACAUCAUUGGUGUUGAGGGCUACCCGGGAAGAACUAACCCGGCCAAGGGCGGUGAGGGCGAGCUGUCUGUGUUUGCUACCAAGGUCAAGCUCUUGACUCCAUGUCUGCACAUGCUGCCAACGGAGCACUACGGAUUCAAGGACCAGGAGGCAAGAUACAGAAAAAGAUAUCUGGAUCUGAUCAUGAACAAGUCCACCAAGGACACGUUCGUUACGAGGUCCAAGAUCAUCUCUUACAUCAGAAAGUUCCUGGACAGCAGGAACUUCAUCGAGGUCGAGACUCCGAUGAUGAACGUCAUUGCUGGAGGAGCCACCGCAAAGCCUUUCAUCACCCACCACAACGACCUGGACAUGGACAUGUACAUGAGAAUUGCUCCCGAACUGUUUUUGAAGGAGCUGGUUGUCGGCGGUCUGGAGAGAGUCUACGAGAUUGGCAGACAGUUCAGAAACGAGGGCAUCGACAUGACCCACAACCCGGAGUUCACCACGUGCGAGUUCUACGAGGCCUACGCGGACGUUUACGACCUGAUGGACACCACCGAGCUGCUGUUCUCGGAGAUGGUCAAGGAGAUCACUGGAGACUACAAGAUCAAGUACCAUCCGGACGGUCCCGACGGCAAGGAACUGACCCUGGACUUCUCGAGGCCAUGGAAGAGAAUUAACAUGAUCGAGGAGCUGGAGAAGCUGUUCGACGUCAAGUUCCCUCCGGGAGACCAGCUGCACACCAAGGAGACCGGCGAGUUUCUCAAGAGCAUCCUGAUCAAGCACAAACUGGACUGUCCUCCGCCGCUCACCAACGCCAGAAUGCUCGACAAGCUUGUUGGAGAGCUCGAGGACACCUGUAUCAACCCUACGUUCAUCUUUGGCCACCCGCAGAUGAUGUCUCCGCUGGCCAAGUACGACAGAUCCAAGCCGGGUCUGUGUGAGCGGUUCGAGGUUUUUGUUGCCACCAAGGAGAUCUGUAACGCGUACACGGAGCUGAACGACCCAUUCGACCAAAGACAGAGAUUCGAGGAGCAGGCCAGACAGAAGGCCCAGGGAGACGACGAGGCCCAGCUCAUCGACGAGACGUUCUGCAACGCUCUGGAGUACGGACUGCCUCCGACCGCCGGAUGGGGCUGCGGUAUCGAUAGACUGGCCAUGUUCCUGACCGACUCCAACACCAUCAGAGAGGUGUUGUUGUUCCCAACCCUGAAACCAGACCAGGUGACCAAGGGCGAGGAAAAGAAGGAGGACAAGCAGGAGUAA